AUGUCCUCUACUACUUACUCUCAAGCCUCUUCCGGCGCCGGAGCCACAAAUAUCAACGCAAUGGCCGCAGACAUGACCGUUGCUGGUUCCACCGAAGAGGAACCCAUUGCCUACAUUUCUACUGAUUUGCGGUCGAGAUCUGUAUCUCCGGAUAUCCCAUCCAAAAUAAAAUAUGACGGCAUCACGUAUGAAGUACUUCGUCCAGAGCAGCUUGGCUGUGACAGCAAGGAUAUCCCGCUCUUUGGCGAACGCAGGUCAAAGGCACGUGCCGCAAAACACAAGAAAAACCAAAGACAGAGGCCCGAAGAAGCUGAAUGGGAAAAUAAGCGAAAAUCAACGAUCGAUGAGAGGUUAUUCAACAGAGCUUUCGCCGGCUAUAGCGAGUCAGAUUUGAUGAUAACCGGAGACGGACUGCUUCUUCCUAGGCUCCCUUCUUGGUUAAAUUCCACCAGGGAGACCCAGCAUGAUGGUAGUCCGGGAGUUUUUACAUGUAGCCCAAGCAAGGAAGACUUUAAUUCACGAUUUUUGGAGAUUCUUGAAGCACUAGAACCCAUAGGGGUUGAAAUCGGAGUGGCUAAGAUCCGUGUUCCUGAUGGAUGCUUAGAUGAUCCCAUACCAUGGUCAGAAUUCAAGAAUCGCAACCCACACUCUUCCCUAGAUCCAACCUCAUACAUCGCUCAAAAUGGGACAAGCCCCAAUACGGGGAAACCUUCCGCCUUCUCUAAUACCGCCGAGAAUUCGAAUGCUACGGAAUCUCAACGUCGUCCAAAAAAAUAUGAAUAUACCUCCAUAAUCCCCCCCCCUGCAGUCGAUGAAAUGGGUAUCCCUCAAGUUUUUAGCAUGGACCAGCGUUUACCUCUUCACUCCGAAUCCAGCUCUAGCAUUGCACCCAUCUACCAUGUUACUUCAACCCCAAAGACCCUUGUCUCUGGGACAGAUUGGCUUAGGGACAUUAACCUUCAGCUCGAACGGGAACGACGGAUUGCAGCCCGUGACCCCUCCAUCCAGGUUUAUGGCAGCCUUCAAGAAGAGACAAUGGUAGCACGUGGUCGAGAUUGGCGGGAAAUUCUUACAGGCGAUAAAGGGGGGGUGUCAAAAUAUUCAUCGGACAACGAUGCCACCGAAGCGCUACGUUCUUACCUUGGUCUCAAGGACCCUAGAUUAACUGAGCUCCCUGGCAAUAUCGUUCAUGAUUCAAAGCACAAGGUUACAGGUAUACACACACCCUACCUGUACAUUGGGCAAGCAUACACCCUUUUUGCUCUCCAUGCAGAAGACUAUAAUGCAUUUUCAUUAAAUUACCAACAUCUCGGCGCCCCCAAAACGUGGCGUGUCGUCUGCCCACGUGACUUUCACUUAGUCGAAAGCUUUGUCGAUGGGGCCCUUCAUCCUUCCUCUUCAUCCGGAAAAGAACCGGCGAAAUGCUCUCAGUUUGUUAGACAUGCGUCAUUGUUUUUGCCUAAAGAAACUUUAGAAACAGCUGGGGCACGCUCAAUCCAGUUCAGUCAAAAUCCUGGAGAAUUAGUGGUUACAUGGCCAUUGGCAUAUCAUCAAGGAUGGAACGAGGGUGUGAAUGUCAAUGAAGCGUGUGGUUAUGGUCAUAAGGGGUGGAGGAAAGUGUUUGCAUCCAGUGAAGAUGAUCAGAGUGAACACAAGGUUUAUAGGCCUUGUGGUUCGAAGUGCAUAGGUGAUAAUGCGCCUAUCAUCCUAAGUUUCGAACCAGAAGAUAUGGAAGGAGUGGUUGACUGCGAUGGUGGUACAAGUGAUGAUACGAUCUUGCCCGAGCUGACAAGGAAGAGUAUGUCCACUGCUACUACCCCCCGCGCAUCUGCCUCCGCCACUGGUCGUCGGAAGAGACCUAGGGCACGGGAGCUUGACGAGAGAGAGAGCCUGGGAAUUAUCAGUAACCCAGCAGCACCCUUUAAAAAAGGUAAACUAGUCAAGGAUGAGGAAGAAGAUAACUCGAAAAUAGCCAAAGAGGCAACAGUAUUUGUUGAAAGAUCUCUCGAGCAGGAUACGAUGACGAAACAUAUAACGAUGCACCGCGAGCAGCGGAUUGAAGGAGUUGGGGUCUCAGUGGAAGAUGUUUUGAUUCCCACUCAGGCCGGCAUAGGCGCGCCUGGAGAUGUUGUCAACCGUACAAGACGGUAG